CUGCGGCGCUUCUUGCGACAUUGCUCCUUGCUUGCAGGCUGACCAGCUGACGGAAGAGCAGAUCGCCGAGUUCAAGGAGGCCUUCUCGCUGUUCGACAAGGACGGCGACGGCACCAUCACCACCAAGGAGCUCGGCACCGUCAUGAGAUCCCUAGGACAGAACCCCACAGAGGCCGAGCUCCAGGAUAUGAUCAACGAGGUCGACGCUGACGGCAACGGCACAAUCGACUUCCCCGAGUUCUUGACCAUGAUGGCGCGCAAAAUGAAGGAUACGGACAGCGAGGAGGAGAUCAGGGAGGCCUUCAGGGUGUUCGACAAGGACGGCAAUGGCUUCAUCUCGGCGGCCGAGCUCAGACACGUCAUGACAAAUCUCGGCGAGAAGCUCACCGACGAGGAGGUCGACGAAAUGAUCCGGGAGGCGGAUAUCGACGGCGAUGGCCAGGUUAAUUACGAAGAAUUCGUCACAAUGAUGACAUCAAAGUGAAUCAACUGUUGUGCUUGGGAAAACUCGCGACUUAGAGUGGUGUUGACGUACUAAAGAUUUAAACUUAUAAACAAAAAAAUAUAUACAUGAAGGAAAUCAAGCGAUUUUAAAAACAAACAAAAAAAAGUAUACAAAAAAUACCAUUGCAAAACGUCUCAACCAAAAAAGUGAAAUAACAAAAGGAAUAAAAAAGAUAAAGAAAUAAGUCUUUGGUAUCAGGAUGCAAAGGAAUCUUGAGACACGAGAUGUUAAUGUCCCGUUCGACAUGUAUUAAUCGUCGUUUUUACGAUAAGUAAUAAGGGCAAUUAUGAUUAUUUAAUUCAGAGUCUACCAGCAAAACAAAAAAAUAAGUAAUCGUUUAACAAAACAAAGCAAAAUAAUAUUGAAGCAACAGUUUAAAUAUAUAUAUAUAUACACACAUAUAAUCAGCCAUUUUUUUCAUUGGCAAGUGCGCGCGAGCGCGCGCGCACCUGUUAAUGCGACAAUGCGCCGUGAUUAGUAAAUGCUUUUAUUUGCAAACCAUUUUACGGAAACAAGAAAAUAGAAAACUUUUCAAGCAACAAAUUCAAUUCGAUGUCUAUGUGUAUCGCACGAGGGCACGCAACAACAACAACAACAAAAAACAACAAUUUUACGAUGAAAAAAAAAUAACAAAACUGCAUCUCUUCGCUUUCCUUUCCGAAAACUCCAACUCACAUUCGAUUUCCACUUCGCUCAUUCUUCAAAAUUCACCCAAACCUUUUCUGACGAAACAAUCACAAAAAGGGGAAAGGCUUAAAGGAAGCGGCGUGUCAAGUGAAAUCGUUAUUUAAAUGAAAAUACAAAAAAAUACAAAAAAGAGAAAAUAUAGUAUAGUAGAAUUUUUUCUUCACGUUUCUUUGAAUAAAGUUUGAUGCGCUUUCCCAGUUGAAGGCUGACUAUACGUCACUUUCAUUACAGAGUCAAGUGAACAAAAACAAAUAAAAGUAUGGCAUUGAUAUUCGAAGCAUUGAAAAAAAUAGAAAAAAUUUGAAAAACACACGGGUUGUGUAAAGAAAAAAGCAAAGAGGUGGAUGAAAUCUUAUUUGUGACAAAUUCAUCAAAUUUUGUUCAAAGGCAGUGUAAUUUUUUAAAUAAAUAUAAUGCAUAUUGAAAUAAAUUAGGAUUAAGUCCUCCCAUUACUGUUAUUAUUGCUAUACAUACGAGCUUUUCGAAAUCUCUUUUACUCUUUUUCUCACCUCACGCUAGUAAAAAAAAAGAGAACUCUUAAGAGAUAAAAAAGAAAUUGUAAUUACGACAAAAACAAAAGUAAUUAUAUUAAAUAAUAAAAAACUUAAACGUUGAACAAAUUUCGAUUGAUGUUUUAUGCACGCUAAAAAAGAAUUUUUCGAUUACUGUGUCACACGCUCAUUGAUUUCAGUCAAUUAGAGUAAUUAGAAGACAUUUUUGCGUUUUUGUAAAAUGCUCUUGUCAUUCGAUUUAUUUGUCUGAUAUCACAUGCAAUGUUGUAAUGCUGGUUACAUAAGAUCUCUUGAGUAAUAAACUUUAAAACAAAGUGGAUAUUUAAAAAAAUAAAUAAAAUUUUUUUUCGCAAAAAACGGAUUCGCUCGAUAUUUCAUAACGAUAUCCUAAAGUAAAGUGUGUAGUGUCUGGUAAUUUAAUUUAUAUAAGUAAAAUCACGCUGAGAAAUGUAAAAAAAAUACAAAGUAUCGUAUCGACGAACUAUUACAAGAAAAAGUUUUAAAGUGAAGAGCAGCAGUGCUAAGCCUGAAGGAGUUUGAUAGAGCUAUCAAAUAAUUUAUAUGUGAACUUCUGCGCUGCAUAUGAAGGCGUCGCAUUUUUUCAUGCAUAUAAAUUUAAAAUGAGAAAAAUGAACAAGAAAUACGAUAAGAAACAUGAAAACAUCGAAAAGAUUAAGCUCCUUAUUUAUUCUUGAUCUCGACUUGUCUUUUUUUUCUUAAUGGUGAGCAACAAAUGUUUCCAUGUCUCAAAUACAUAGUUCCAUCGAGCUCGUUCGAGUUUAAUGCAAAUUCAAAAGGUAAAAAAGCACUCGGCUCGCAAAUCUUGUCUGUCGGUUGCCUUCACGUAUCUGUUAUAAUUAAAAAAACAAUCGUUUCUUUCACUUCUUCGAUCGAAACUUAGAUAGCGGUAAUUUCGUAUAUAAAGUUAACGGGAAAACAAAGAUAUCUAGAAUCGAACCCUCGGCAUUCCUAAGUAUUGAAGGUUUUUCUCGAAUAUUCUAAAUAAAUGAAAAUAAAACUAAGCAGUGAGGGGUACGCGAUUAUCGCGUAUGUUCGCUUCCUUCGCGUCGUUGUUUUUUCUUCGAUAUGAGAGAAUGAUUAAGAUUAUAAUUAUUACUAUUAUUAUGAUUAUUAUUAUUAUUAUUAAAACCGUGUGUAUUUAAACAAAGUUUAAGGGGAAAAAUAAGUAACGGAUCAAAGCAACACAGUUCAAAAGAAAUAAUAACGUCGACACCACUUUUCGUAAAAUCACGAAACCGGAUUGUAAGAGUGGAGAAAGAAGAACGAUGGACGUGUGAGCGACUGUCGUUGCGACUGCGAGGGAGAAAAAGGGAUAAUAUUGAACGAGAGAGAGAGAGAGAGUGAGCGAGCGAAAGAGAGCGAAAGUAAGAUAGAUUUCAAAAUAACAAACCACGAGCAUGAAAAUAAAAACAUAACAGUUUGAAAAAAAGAUAGAAAAAUCGAUUUGCGUACUUCCUAGGCAUGCCAGAGUUGACGAAUGCAAGGCGGAUUAUUUAAACGAUGAAAGACUUGCGCGUGCAAUUUAUGAGCGUCCUGCGAUGGGAUGCCUGUAAACACGUCGUUUACUUAAACAAAAUAAUAAAUAUUAUAAAACAAAGAACAAUUAAAUGAAUGCGAGCAAGCAGAGUAACAUAACACACCGAAAGAUUACAAAAAAUUACAUCAAUUGUGUCGGUGAUUCAGUCAUAAUAUAUAUGUAAUAUAUAUUAUAUAUAAUUAAAUUUAAUGAACAGGAAUUCCUCCAUAGUCCUUUAUUAUUAUUACUAUAAUUAUUAUUUUUAGUUAUUAUUACUAUUAUUAUUACUCAUAACUUAUUAAUUACUAUUAAAAUUAUUAUUUAAAAAACAAAAAAGUUGAUAGUGAUGAUUAUGAUGAGAUGAUAUGCUGAGGUGAUAAUGAUGGUGAUGAUACAAAAAAACAAUAAAAAAUGAUCAUGAGAACGUUCUUGUAUUUCUGGUGACCUAGAUUGCAUUGAUUCAUUGGAAAAAAAAAAUACAUGAGAAAAGGAAAAUAAAUGUAUCGUCAUUUUUAGGUCACAAGAUAUGUUGUUUCUUUCCUUAGCGAAUGCUCCUUUAUAUACUAACAUUCAAUAUAUUUCGGCGAUUAUCAACAAUUAUGUAUGGCGAAUGAUGAAUCUUUCAAUAAAGCACAUGGCACUCUUAUCGAUUU